AUGAAGUUCAUUAUUUUCAUAUUUGUACUUUUGAAUUUUGCAUGCAUUGAUGGAUUUCUGUCAUAUCCAUUUUUUGCAAAAAAUUUACUAGGCACAUUCUUAACAUCAAUUAAAUAUGAUGAAAAUAAAGACAUGAAAGAGAAUCUGAUGAAAUACGCAGUUCAUGGUGAUACGUGCUAUCGCGAUUGUCAGAAAAAUGACACACGAGUUUGCUAUUUUAAAUUUCAAAUUAAAUAUUAUCAAGUUCUGAGCGGGGCGUGCGAUGAAUGUCUGAAUGGAAAUCUUACAAUGUGCAUUAUCAAGAAGUGUGUCACGGCUGAUGGUUUCCAACGAGGAUUUUUAAGCAUUAAUUUUCAACUUCCAAGUCCAUCUAUUCAUGUCUGCAAACACGAUAUCAUUAUUGUCGAUGUUUUUAAUGAAGCUGAAGGAAUUGCAACAAGUAUCCAUUGGCAUGGAAUGAAACAAAUGGGUACACAAUUUAGUGAUGGAGUUCCGUAUUUAACACAAUGUCCAAUUCCGUACUUUUCAAACUACCGGUAUAUAUUUUACGCGGAUGACGUCGGUACUCACUUCUAUCAUUCUCAUUCAGGCAAUCAAAAAGCAGAUGGUCUCUCUGGCGCUCUCAUUGUGAGAGAAGCCGAAGCUGAUAACCCGAAUAGUAAAUAUUAUGACUAUGACUUACCGCAACAUGUGCUCUUUGCGUCCGAUUGGAUGCAUGAUUUUUCCGACAAUUAUUUGCCAGGCAUGGCUAAACGAUCGGCAUUGACUGAAUCAUUGUUGAUAAAUGGACGAGGACGAUUUUUAAAUCCAACUGGAAACUAUACAGACUCACCAUUAUCAAUUUUCUACGUCCAAAAGGGUAAAAAGUAUCGAUUUAGAUUAAUAAAUAGCGCAACAAAUGUAUGUCCUUAUCAGUUCCAAAUUGAGAAGCAUAAUUUUACAAUUAUUGCAACAGAAUUGAGCUAUAUUAAGCCAUUUGUGGCUGAUACUCUUCAUUAUCUGUCAGGCGAAAGAUAUGACAUUGUAGUUGACGCAAAUCAGUCAGCUGGAGAUUAUUGGAUUAGAAUUAGAGAAUUGGAACCAUGUUGGAAGAAUACUGAAGUCUUUGCCAUCCUUAGGUAUCAAGAUAAGGAAGUACGUUCAUCACAGUCGAAAAUUCAGUUUGCUCCAAAGGAACCACCGACAUGGAAUGAAACAUAUCCAAAAAUUACACUUUUCAAUUCCCUCAAGCCAAAAGUCGAGGACGUUCCACUGAUUGAAUUGCAAUCAUAUGAAACUGACAGGCUGCUGCUUGAAUCAAAACCUGAUUAUUCUUAUCAUUUAUUUGUGGAUUCUCCAGCAUUUUUGAACUCUAUAAUGUUUAGAAGGAAUAAUCUUAAAGACUUUACUUUCCUGACAUCAGAUUCAUCAUCAAAUUCAAGUUUUGUCGCAACAAUCAACAACAUAACUCUGUCAUAUCCACCAUUCCCACUUCUGCUAGAACAGGGUCGUCUUACUGAUUCAAUGUUUUGCAAUGGACAUACUCUGCAAGAUAUGAAUUGUUUAAAUGGUGAUAAUGCAACUGUCUGUAAAUGUAUUCACAGAUUAAAAGUAGAUCUCGGUUCCAAAGUUGAAUUUAUAAUCUAUAAUAUUAAGGAUAAAAUAGCACAUCCAAUGCAUCUUCAUGGACAUAAAUUUCAAGUUGUCGAUCAAGGAUUGUUUGAGGAUAUUUACAAGCGAUCAGAAAUUGAUCAUGAUUUGGAUAUGAGGGGUAAAAAUCCCCCAUUUAAAGACACUACUGUUCUACCGUUCCCAGGAUAUACAAGACUAAGAUUUCAUGCUAAUAAUCCUGGAUUCUGGCUGUUUCAUUGUCACUUUGACUGGCAUAUAUCCAUUGGUAUGGCCUUAGUCGUGCAAGUUGGUGAUAUCGAUCAAAUGCCAAAACCAUCAUCAAGCUUACCAAGGUGUCAUCCAUACUCACCAGUAUCCAUGAAGUAA